CAGAAGGACGGCGGGGUGGCGUGUGCGGAGACGGAGUUCGGGUGUUGUCCGGACAACUCCACCGUGGCCGAGGGACCCUACCGGGCCGGCUGCAACGCCACGGGACGGCGCCGACUCCAUCGGAAGUAAACCGCGACAACGCCGCUUGAAGUCCGUCCCCAUGUUCCCCAUGGACAACAGCGGGACGCUGGAUCUCAGCGCGGGAUGAUUGCGAACGCCACCGACAUCACCGGCAGCUUGGAGAAUAACCACCCAUAUGCAUCUAUCACCAUCCAGAACCCACACCACCGCCCUACGAACCGGAAGCCCCUGUGGAGGGUGGACGUUCGUCUUCCUUCCCUGCCACCUCGUUUCAAUGAUGGAUCCUGACGUUAGUUCGUGGAGGGACUGUACGUACGAUGACAGCGAUGUACCCGAAUCCUCGUACGCAGAAUUCCUGAUCAUCCCCAACAGCGCCAAGGACGUGCGCCCGCUGAGUUUCGCCUGGCUGGCCCGCUCCUACGGGCCCUGCAGCUCCAGCUGCGGCGGCGGACGACAGAGUCGGCCGGUGGUGUGUGUCCGCACCAGCGACUACGAACCGGUGGACGACGAAUUAUGCGACGCGCUGGUCAAGCCGCAGGCCAGUCGGCAGUGCAGUGUCGAUCCCUGUCUCGCAUUUGCACCCAAAAAUGUGGCGGCGGAUCGAAGCAGCGCGGGGUGGCGAGUGCGGAGACGGAGUUCGGCUGCUGUCCGGACAAUUCCCCCGUGGUCGAGGGACCCUACGGGGCGGGCUGCAAUGCCACGGCCAACGGUGUGGAUUCAACCGGAGGUAAGCCGCGACAACGCCGCUUGAAAUCCGUCCCCAUGUUCCCCAUGGACAACAACGGGACGCUCGACCUAAAACGCGACGGAUACGAACGCCACCGACACCACCGACAGUUUGGACCUAGACGAGACGGACAUGGUGACGACGGAGAUGACCCCGGCGGACAACGACACGCGGACGCUGGGCGAGGACCUGGCCAUGGCGCCCACCGGCCGCAAGGCCAAACUCUGCUCCCAACCCAUGCUGCGCACCAACGACACCGCCGACGGGGCCGGCGCGGACGGACUGAGCGCCACCGACACCGACUGCGCCGCCUCCCAGUUCGGCUGUUGUUCGGACAACACCACGGCAGCCAGUGGCGCGAACCAGGAGGGCCAGCUACGAGGUCGCCGUGGAGGGCUCGGCAGCGGAAUGUGUGAAGGAUCCGAGUUCGGGUGCUGUCCGGACGGGAAAAUGCAGGCCCGCGGACCGGACCAUGCCGGGCGUAAGCCGAUGAGCAGUAAACCGGCCGUUACGCAGGGAGAGUGUGCGCACACUGAGUUCGGGUGUUGCGCGGGCGGGCAGACGGUGGCGUUGGGCGCGGAACGCGAAGGCUGUCCGGAGAGUGACUGCGCAAACAGUUAUCAUGGCUGCUGUCCCGACGGGGUGACCUUCGCGCAGGGACCCGGCUAUGAGGAGUGCCCGCACAUCAAACAGCCCAAACAAAAUUGUGAAAUGUACUCGGAACAAGGUCCCUGCCGCAAUUACAGCAUCAAAUGGCAUUAUGACUUUGAUUACGGUGACUGUACGCGCUUCUGGUACGGCGGAUGCGAAGGCAAACGACAACCGCAGCCGAAAUGGCAGGCGGAAUGUAUCCGGCCCUCCGGGGCGGCGAUGUGCCACCUCCCGACGGUGCACGGCCCCGGCCACCAAAAUUUGAGGAUGCUACGCCUUGUACGUCCGUGAGUGCUGCCUUUCCAUUACGGCGGCUGUCUGGGCAACGAGAACCGCUUCGAGAGCCACCAGAAUACCUGUCUCGAUCGCCCUUUUUUAUUGCCAUUGCACUACAUCAACCCGCUAAACUUCUCCACUUCAUUUGUGCAGUAACGGGCAAAACUGGUUUUAGUACUUGGUUAUCGGUCCACGGAGAUACCUUACUAUUGUUGAAUUUAUAAUUUGUCUUCAGCAUUUUUAUUUGAAAUAUGCGGGCGUUAGUCGGUUUAACGCUAUGAUAUUUCUCAGUGCACGAUGUUUAUUUGUCCAUGUUUGUGUUUGUAUUGAACAGCCAUCUGCUGUAUGCCGGUGGAUGCGGGAGCGUGCGACGAGCGGCAAUCGCGUAAUUACUACGACAUUUC